CUCUCAGGGCGGAGCGGAGAGGCUGCUCCGAGGCUCGGGCGCCAGCCCCGGCGCCGCCAGAGCCGCCGUUUUCUCCGGCGGCCCAGCCCACCGACGGCGCGCCCAGGCUCCGCCCUCUCACGCCCUUCCACCCCGCAGCCCAGCCGAGGAUCCUCGCUCGGGAGGCCUGGAAGCAGCCGGCUGCGUCGCGUCGGGAGGCCCCGCCUUCGCCCCGAGCGCCCUUUCUCUUUUUCCCAGGCUCGGGGGCCCGCUCCGAGCCCGAGCCCGAGCCCUGCCCGCGGAUCCAUGACUCGGGCCGGGCCGCCCUGUCCGCUUCAGAGCGCUCGCCAGGCCCCUCCCAGCCCGCCUGGGCCCCGGCCCCCGCUGCAGAGGAAAUUCGGACGGGGGUGCGAGCGGGAAGAGGCGGAGGCGACGGAGAGCGCGAGGCCCGGGCUGGACGGGGAUGGCCGCAGCCGCAGCCGCAGCCCCAGGCCCCCGCGAGCGGGGGCCCUAGGCUCCUCCGAAGCCGAGCCCAUGACGGAGCCCAUUGUGAUUUCGGAUGGCAGCGACGACGAGCGCUGCAGUCCUGGUAGAAGCUCCGGCGCUGGCCGAGCCCGCGGGUCCUGGCACGGCCGGAUCCAAAGCGGGUCUCGGAACAGAAGAAUACACCGCAUCAGAAUCAGGCGCUGGAUCCGGGAAGCCGACUCCACCUGCAAUGUGGUGGACUUCAUCGAUCUGACCGAAGACACUGACCCCGUAGAGAAGACUUACCCAGUAGGGAGGACUCCCAAUGGACUUAGCUUUAUAGAUCUGACUGGGCUGGAGGACGAGGAUGAGGAGGAGGAAAAGGAGGAGGCGGGGGGCCUCUUUCGCUCUGCUAGCGCUUGCAAGAACAGUGCGAGCCUGGAUCUGGAGCCCGGCCCUUGUUCUCAGAAGCAGCAUUCCCAUUGUGCGGCAGAGCCCGGCCAUCCUAUCAAAUGCGAGCUGUCGCGGCGGAGGGAGGAGGAGACGGGCGCAGGCCUGCCUGCGGGAGGCGAGGACUCGCGGUGUAGCUCGGAGCGCAGCUGCGGCACGGCCAGCCUGCCCUGCGACCUGGGCGCUGCGGCCAGCCCGCGGCUCUCCUCCUCCUCCGCCUCCCCGGCCGGCGGCGGCGGCUGCAGCGACAGCGGGGGCCCGAAGGAGUCCCCGGGGCGGGGCGCGGGUGGCUGGCCCAAGAAGAGAGCCCCCGCGGGCCAGCUCCCGAAGGGGGCCCCCGCCGCAGAGCGGCUCCCCGCAGAGCGGGCCAGCCCGGACGGGGCGGAGAAGCCCGGGCCGGCGGCGGAGCUGCCCAGGCAGCCCUGCCUGCACAGACUCAGGUACUUCCUCAGACCGCCGGUGCACCACCUCUUCUUCCAGGCGCUGGUCCAGGACAGAGAAGUCCCCGAGAACAAGGAACAAAAGAAAGAACCCAUUCCCUUUCGAAGACUACGGAUGGUGUUCAGCACCAUUGAAGAGAACGUUCCACGAGAGACUUUGCAGUUCCUCAUGGACUUUGUGUCCCCCCAGCAUUACCCACCCAAGGAUAUUGUAUCACAUGUCAUCAAGAAUAUCUUACUGGGUUCCGAAAGUAUGGCUGUCAGGAAAGAGGCCUACAUGCUGCUAAUGAAAAUUCAACAGCUUCAUCCAGCCAAUGUUGCCUCUGUGGAAUGGGACUGGAAGCUGCUCACUUCUGUGAUGGGAAAACAGGAGGAAGAACUGCCUGGCCGAAUACUCUUUUUGCGCUAUGUAGUGCAGACCCUAGAGGAUGAUUUUCAACAGGUCCUGAGGCGUCAACGGCAUCACCUCCAACAAUCCAUUGCAUGCAAUGUACUUUCCUGUGAUAAGCAGCCCCAUAAUAUCAGGGACAUCAUCCAGUGGCUAGUUGGUGCUGUGACCAGGCUCGGCUUUGAUCAGAAGGAAGAUAAUCAAACCUUUUCAGGAAGUCCCCAGGACAAGAGUGGUGACCACCUUCUCCAACCUUUCCCUGGAAGGAGUAACCAUCAUUUGGUAAUUUUAUAUCUCCAGAGGAUGCUGUCUCUGGCCGUUGAGGUGGACAGGACCCCAACCUGCAGCUCAAAUAAGAUUGCAGAAAUGAUGUUUGGAUUCGUGCUGAACAUUCCUGAAAGGAGCCAGAGGGAAAUCUUCUUUACAACCAUGGAGAGUCAUCUUUUGCGCUGCAAAGUAUUAGAGGUUCUGUUCCUUCACAGCUGUGAAAAGCCUACUCCCCUACCACUUUCUCUCGCCCAGACCCUCUAUUUCCUCAACCAUUCAACAUCACUGCUCAAGAAUCAGUCUGAAAAAAGCAACUGGCAGAGUUGGGAUGAGCUGGUUGAACAUCUGCAGUUUCUCUUAUCUAGUUAUCAGCACGUAUUAACAGAGCACCUGAGGACUUCAGUCAUUGAAAGGAAAGAUCUGCUUAUCAAAAGGAUCAAGCCCCAUCUACAGGAAGGUGAUGAUAUCACUUCAGUGGAUGUGGAAAUAGAGUUCAAGGCUUUUGGAGUCCGACUAGCCAGAGAGCUUGGGGAGCCCCUAGUGCCUCAGCUCCAGGAGAAGAUAUUCCUCCUCAAACUACUACUCCUCUGUGCAACUAACAGGAACUUGAUGCUAGAAAACCAGGUCCCAUAGGGCAAUGGUCUCAACUGCCCAAGUCAACACAACCAUAGUAGUUUUUGCAGAAAAAGGAGUAGGUUACUACAAUCUAUUCUGUCCAGGUUUUUUUUUUUUUUUGGUCAACUAUUUUCAACCCUUUACAGAAAACUCAACCUUAUGAAUUCAUCAUAGCUACUCCUCAAAAUGUGAUUUUGAUACACAAAUUAUAUCUAUUUUAUAAUAAAUUUCUCAAGUGUAGGAUUUUUUUUUUUUAAAGGAACUUAAGAUUUCUUAGCAUUAUUCCUAUUAGGUUUGGUAUUUAGUGAGCAAGUUGAUUCAUUGGGCAACAUCUUUUACUGAAAGAAAACGAUACACAAACAGCCUCUUCUCACUAGAUUAUGGAGUUUGGUCUGGCCCAAGUUGUCUUUGGUUUCACAGAUAAUCAGAAGUUCCCUGGUUUUAUUUCGUCAUCUGCCAGAGCAAAGGGACAGAUAAACAUGGAAAGUGAUCUCCUUGCCUUCAAAACCAAAGGAAUAUGACUGCUCUGUUUGUGACUUCAGACAAACCAUUUCCCCUCUCCAGGCCUAUUGCCUGUUUUCAUCUUUAAACCUGUACCAAACUGACUACAAAAAAGGAGAAGGCAUAAUUGAUGAGCAUAGUUCUAGCUUGGAGUUGGAAGAUCUGUUUUCAGUCCCAACAAAGGCUAUGAAACCACCACCUGAAGUAAAAGGACUUAAAAUGUGGGGCUCAGGAUCGGAUUUUGACAUUUAAAGACAAGCUACAUCACCAAAUUUGAUAGAUCUCAUUAAGACCAACAAUUGUCAAAGAAACUGGCAGUAGAAGAAACAUAGAGAUUAAAUCUUAAAAGGUUUUAAAGUAUUAUACCAAAAAUUAAGACCCUCCAUAAAUAUAUUAGUGGGUAGGAGAGGAAUAACCCAAGUUCUAGGUUUCAGCCUCCUUUAAUUCUGGGAUCCAUAAUGUUAUUCUGUUUAUAUAGCUUCCAAACUUCCAUGCUCCAUGUGAACACAUGAACUGAUGUUUGGCCCCUCUUUUUAGUGCUGAGCUUAUUCAGAAUCAGCUAGUAGUUUACAUCUAGAUGUUCCCUUUAUUGUAUGUAGCUGUCCAUCUCCCCAGAAGUGACAGCUAUAGAACAAAGAACCACAGAAAAUAUGAGACUACAAGACUAUAGUCAAAUUAUUAAAUGAGAAGGGGCUGGGUUUUCCUUCCCCCCCCCACCCCUUUUAAUGUAAAGUCCUCCAGAUAUAAAUUCUAUGUUCCCUACUAUUAUUGGGCACAAAGAAAUUACAAAAUACAAAUUAUCUCCCCCUAUUGCAUCUAUCUUUUUUUCCUUUCAAAAACCUAUAAUGCAGAGAAUUUUAUUCUCAAAUCAAGAUCAUCCAUCAUAUUAAAAAGGAAUAGUACACACACACACACAUAAAAUACAAGGGGCCCAAUAGAUAAUUGUGUUUCUCCCUCAAACAGCAUUUUAGGGAGCACUCAACAAAACCAAACCAGAAAACGGGAGAUAAGUGGUGAAAAAGGCUUCCAAGAGAAGCAUAGAGAUGUAAAAGGAUAUUAAAAUCAUAAUCAUCUUUUUGGGGAGGAAGGGAAAGAACAAAGGGAUGAUUUAGGUUUUUUUAAACUUAUCAAAGAGAAAAGCUUUUAUUUUCCUAGCAGCUCAUCCUUUUCUAAUAAGAAAAGGAUUCAGACCAAUGAAUUCACAGGAUGAUUUAUCUCAGAAUUUAAAAGUUUUUUUAAAAUGUUAUUUCAACUAGUCC